UUUGCGGUGGGAGGAGCCGUAUAUCAACUGUAAAAAUGUCUGGGUCUGGAAGAAUGCCAGACUUGUCAUGCAGAUUUUGCAUGACUCAUGAGGUCUAGUAUGUAGGACAGAGCAUGACAGAUUCCGUGAGAGUUCUAUCAUGCCUAUCCUGCAUGAGAAACUGCCUCUCGAUUAGGUCACAAGUGGACAGCUUUUGGUAAUCAUGCAACACAGAUUUUUGCAUGCUUCAGAGUUAGCAUGACAAGUUCCAACCUUCCAGACCCAGACAUUUUUACAUUUGAUACCGUAUCCACCUGUGCAAAAUUAUCGCACACGUACGUACGAAUGCAGUACUGCAUAAAGGAUGUUUAAAAUAAAUCAUGCUACCUCAUCAACAUUCCGCAUACGCAAUUUUUCUUUUUGCCUCUGAAAAAAAUUGUCAUGCAAUUUUUCUACGCCAUGAAACAAAACUGUAACUGAUACGUUGCGAGGGUGUUUUUGCACAAUGCAUACGCGGGAUCUGUUUCUGCAGGCACUACAAUUGGUCAAGUCGGUGAAGCAGAAAAAGCGGUUUAUCGCCAAUUUGCUCAAAUGCCACCUUCAGGUGAAUGAGGAGAAGCAGAGGGAAAUACUGAGGAAAAUCGGUAGUACAGCAGCUGGAGACACUUCCAAAGGUGACCAAGAGCAGCAGCAGGAACCUAAUUUUCUACAGCCCUCCAACGUGGUCCUGAUGAUU